UUACUGCCAGGACAGGUUAUAACAAUAGAUACCAGGACAUCAUAAUAUGUGAUAAAGCAAAUAUUGAUAUGCUGAUUCAAAAUACCAGAUUACUACUGGACAUAAAAUACAUGUAGAAACUUGGGGUGAGAAGGAGGAAAAGUAGAUGAAGUUCCAUUCUGUUUUAACUAAGAGUAAACGAAGUCCCAGUGUUUUUCCCCAUAGGUCAAAUUAAGGUAACUUGUCUUUAUUUGAUCAUGUGUUGUACACCAGAUACCUGGCUAAGGGCUUUCCUUUUUUCUCAUGUAAUCUUCCAAAUACUCUUUGACAAUUAUCACUAUAUUAUAGAUGACAAAGCAGAGACUUAAGAGAAAUUACUUUGCCACAAGGUUACAACCCUUAGAUGGCUGUCCAAGGGAGAGGAAGAGCCCUGUAAAUUCUGUCUUGAAGAAAACAGUGGCCACACAGUAGAUUGGUGCCCAGGAACUCCCAGAACUGGACUUGGCAGCCACAGCUGGGCCGCCUUUUUUAUUGGACCAUUCUUCAUGACUCUUCCUCACCAUCAGUACCCUUGAAAUGAUGAAAUUAGGGUUAAGUUGCUUUUAGGUUACACAGACUGGAGUGUAGACCCUCUCAGGCCAAACAUCUUUCCCCUUCUGUGGUGCUAACAUUAUGUAUGACCAGAGAAGUGUGGUAACAGGUUUUUUUUUUUUAAUGUGCAAAUUAGUCAAAACAAAAUGACUAAACACAUGGAUCCAUUCAAAUGCACAAUGUUGAAGGUAUUGACAAUGAAGGAAAGGCUUUGAAGAAUGACUGCCUUAGAAAGCAGUGCCAUGGAUGUGAAUUUAACACAGUCUACUUCUUCCUAAAGACUAUCAUCCCAAGGAAGGUCAAAAAUUAAAAUCAGCUUUUAAUAUACUGGUUGUUGAGUAUUUCUGCUUUACCUUAAGUCAUUCUGACCACAUCCUGCUUCAAAGUGUUCUGACACUUUGAUUUGGAAUGGCUCUAAUGAUUCUUUGUACUUGAAUGUGGUCUGUCAGGCCAUGGGUGAGUGCCUUGCACAUAGUAGACAUUCAAUAAAUAUUAAAUCAAGGAAUAUACAUGCAUCUUUGUGAUGUUAGUAAAAGGCGCUUGAUUAAAAAAAUUCAAAGGAAUUCCUUUAGGGCGUUAACUUGAAACCAGAAUUAAGCAAGUGUCUCAACGUGUAAGUUUUAUAAGCAGUUCCUUUUCAGAAGACAUGAUUUGACCUGAAGUUUACAAAAUCAAACAUUGUCAUAGCAUAGGUCUUGUGUUUAAAAACAAACCAUCUGCUUAGAAAAGCAGAUGGGUAUAUUUUACAGUAGAGAUAAAAAUUUAUUAUAUCCAAUCAGUGUGGAAGCUGGUGGUUGCCUUAGGUUAUUAAACAGGUAUUUUUCCUUUUUACAUAUUGUAGUAUCACAUACUUUUUUUUAGCCAUUUCUCUAAGUGACAGAUGAAUAGAAACAAAGGUGGUUUAUUUCUUCACUCCAUGACUGCUUCUCUUCUAUUUUGUUGGAAAGAUUCCACUGACUAAGUAUUUCUUCUGAAAACAAAAAACAUUUGAGGCAAAACAUAGCCUUAGUUCCUGCAGACUUCAUUGUUUUAUCUAUUGUACAAAAUUACUGGGUUUACGGCCAGACGUGGUGGCUCGUGCCUGUUAUCUCAGCACUUUGGGAUGCCAAGACAGGUGGACCACUUGAGGUCAGGAGUUCAAGACCAGCCUGGCCAACAUGGUGACACCCUGUCUCUACUAAAAAUAAAAAUUAGCAGGCCAUUAUCUAUGCUUGCAAUCCCAGCUACUCAAGAGCCUGAGGCAGGAGAUUGAAUCUGGGAGAUGGAAGUUGCAGUGAGUUGAGGUUGUGCCACUGUACUCCAGCCUGGGUGACAGAGCAAGACUCCGUCUCAAAAAGAAAAAGAAAAAAAUUACUGGGUUUACAAGUUUAUUAAAGAUAGCUUGAAUGAUUGUUGCUCCAUUUCAUUUGCAUUUUGAAGAAGUCAUUGUUUUCUCUAAUUUUAAUAUACAGUCCUUUCUGUGGUUGUUUUUUAGCAGAAAGUAAAAUUACUCAUUUAAUUCUUUAUUUAUAUUCACUUAACCAGAGGAAGACCAAUGGAGUCCACUGGGUGUCCACAAUAAAGAUCAUUGCUUUACCCCGACUUGGGCCUGGCAUUAUUAAGAUAGUGAUGGGUAAGGAGAAAACAGAAACCCAAAAGACCAUAGUGAAUGGUGAGAGAACCGGAUCAAGUUUGAGAGAGACCUGAGCAGGCUGAGGUAUAAACUAUCAUAGAGUGUGGAAUGUUCCAAGAUUAAGUUAUGAUUAUGAGGAGUGUCCUCUUGGGAAGUCAAAAGUACUAGUUUGCUGGGGACCUUCCCAGUUUACAUUUGGAGGUCACCUGUGAAUUAUUUUACUGCCCUCUUUCACUUUUAAAAAUGUCCCAGUUUGGAUAAUGUUUUGUGGCUACUCCGUAUUUAGCCCAACUAGAUUUUCAUACAUUGGCUAGUGGUCUUAAGCAACUAGGUAUAUAUAUAGUUGUAUUAAUGCUUGAUAUUGAGGACUGGAUUUGGUAGUCAAGAAUUGCUAUGAAGGAAGUUAAGACAUUCUUUAAUGUGGGUAUCACUCCCAGGCUAUGGUUUGAUGCCACACAUGUACAAAAAAAUUGUUUUUAAAUAAAAAAUUGCCCCAUUUGUGGCAACACAUGGGUUUAGGUAGUUAAAAUACUGAGGGGCAAGGGAAACAACUUUAUAGUUAAGAGACUUUCAUUUCUAAGAUGUUUAUGGGAAAUUUAAAGAAACCCAGUUGAUUUCUAUACAGAGGAAACUUUCCAAAGCACCUAUUUGGUAAAGUUAAGGGCAGCAGAAAUAGAAACUGUUAAUGAGACCAUGUAAGAAAUUUUGUUUGGCUAACCUGGGCAACAUAGUGAAACUGGGAACAGUGGCAGGCUCCUGUGGGAGGCUGAGGUGGGAGGAUCACCUCAGCCCUGGUAAGAGGCUGCAGUGAGCCGAGAUUGCACCAUUACACUCCAACCUGGGCGACCAGCAAAACUCAAAAAUGAAGAACCCAAAAUGUAGAUCUCUAUUCUGCCACUUUGGAUUUACUUGUAUCAGUAUUCCAUGCUCCUGCACUGCAGUGUCACUAAAGUUUCUGCGCCUCCCAAGCAAGCAAACUUGACAUUCUUAGUGCUAAUUUCCUAGGGACUACAAUGUUAGGACUACAUGUUAAUAUCAGAACAUGAAUGAACAAUAGAACAUAACUAGUUAUAGUCAUAGCCUUGAAUGGCCUUUGAAAUAACAAUCCACAGCUUCCCACACUAGCCAGUAGGGUCUGGGACAAACCCUGCUCAGCUAACGCAUUCAACCAAGAACGCAGUCGCAUUUGCAUUUGAAGGGCGGGGCGAAAGGGACCGGAAAUAGCGACGACUCCUUUUGCGCAGGGACAGAUGGCCUUCUUCCAUUGGUCAUCUCAGCUCGGUAGCCGUAGGAGGGACUUCCUUUGUACAGACGCCAGGUUUCUUUUCCGGCUUUGUUGGAGACCGAUGCGGCUGUGCAAACCUGCUGGAAUUACUCAAGGUGAUGAGGACAAUUGAUGACAGAAUAGUACAUGAAUUAAACACUACGGUUCCAACAGCUUCCUUUGCAGGGAAAAUUGAUGCCAGCCAAACCUGUAAACAACUUUAUGAGUCUUUGAUGGCAGCUCAUGCCAGUAGAGACAGAGUCAUAAAAAAUUGUAUAGCCCAGACGUCAGAAGUAGUAAAAAACCUCCGAGAAGAGAGAGAAAAGAAUUUGGAUGAUUUAACGUUAUUAAAGCAACUUAGAAAAGAGCAGACAAAGUUUGCUGUGAAGAUUUUGGAAUCAGAGACAGCUCUUGGAGAUGUUACAGCUCUACCUCUUCAUUUUCUAUCUGAGGAAAAAGACUCAGAGAUACUAACUGACAUCCCCAAAGCCACAAGCUAUUGAAAUGGAUGCAGUCAGAACUGAAUGUUGAAGAAGUGGUAAAUGACAGGAGCUGGAAGGU